AUGAAGUUUUUGUUGAAUGUACAAAACCUUCUUGCGAACCAACAUGCCUUACGGUCUUUAAUCAGACCACUCCUUGUUAUUCAGUCUGCGGUCCACCUGGAUGUCAAUGCAGACCGGGAACUGUUCGGUCGGGAAAAUAUUGUAUUAGGACUAUGUUUUGUCCUGGAGUUUGCUGCAGCAUAACCAAUCCACAAAAAUGUAUUAUCUGCCCAAAAAAUACCUUGUGCAGUCUUGACGAUAAAAGAAUUAAUUUCUGUAAAAAUGCAAAAUGACACAAAUGCUGUAUAAAACAAGAAAAAAUAUAAAUUUUAAAUAAAAAUAAAUAAAUUGUAAAUGUUAAUUAUAUUUAUUUUUUUAUAAAAAAUGUGUAAUUAUGUCUACGAUUUGUUAAUAAUUUGUAAAUUCGUCGAAGCAUUUUAAUUUAGAAAUCUUAUCCUUCAUUUUAUAUUUUCCGUACCACGAGGGGGGGUUAAAAAUGGCUAAAAAAAUUUUAAAAGAUGGCAAA